CAGCGAGGAGGAGGGAGGGGCGGCGGAGGAUGGGUAAGACAGCCACCCGCUCUCCUCGCCUCCACCAUGAAAGCGGCGGGUGGAGGCAUCGGCGGCGGGAGGAUGGGUGAGCGGGGGAGGGUGGGCCAUGACACCUGCCCACCCUCCUCGCCACCGCCAAGCAGUGGGCAGCGGUGGGGGCGAGGCAAGAACGCUCACGCUCUCUGUCACCCACCCACUCACCCUCCUCCUGCUCGCCCUUGCUGGUGGUGGGUGGUUGCGGUGGGAGGCGCGGCCCCCUCUCCCACGGCCCUGAGCCCCGCGCCUGCCAUAAAGACGCCCCUGGGUCUCACUGAAAAGACUGCGAUCCUACCAGGAGGCCCCUCGCGCGGAACAUGGUGGUCCUUCCUUGUCCGUGACCUGCAGAAGAGCAGGCGGCAAGGCCCCCCUCUUCCGACGGAGCCCUAACCCGCCCCUCCACCAAGAGCUGCCCAUUAAGCGUUGCCAUCCCCGAAAGGCACCUAAAGUCCGGCCCACCCAGCACGACAGACCCAAAUCCACGCGGCGUCCCAACUAGCCAAGGAUAAUCCUAGUGAUGUGAUGGGGAAGGAAGAGACCACGCGGGCACUCUUGAAACACCGCCCCCGCCCCAGCAUCAGCUGCCUGGGGGCUGAGCCCCUCCUUUCCAGUCCCCUCCCCCCGCAGAGGGAGGGAGGGAGGGAGGAAGAGUCGCAGCGGGCGGGGGCCGGCGAGUAUCGCCUUCUCCCUCCCGAGCAGCAGCCCCACCCCCCCAGCCCACAGGGUUCGCUUGCUAGAGAGACGAGGGGGGGCAGCUACAAACCGGGGGAGGAGGAGGAAGAGGAGGCUCUGGAGGGGGGACCCGCCCCCCAGGCCAAGCCGUCACUGCCGGGCGGCCCUUCCCCUUUUCGCCGCGGCGCAUCCGGCUCUUUUCUGCGCCCCACUCGCUGCUGGCGGGCAACGAGAAGCAGCAGCAGCUGCGCAAGCCUCCGCCUGGCCGCCGCGCGCUCCUGCUCCGCGGUGCAUGGCAGGCAGCAACCAGGGAGGUCCCCUUCGGCAGAAGCAGCAUGUAGUGCUGGGCGAGGCUGGUCCAGGGGGCUGCCCACAGACGCGCGGAGAGGAGAGGAGACCCAACCCCGCCAUCAUCAUCAUCAUCAUCCCAGGCGUGGCGCUCUCUCUUGGCCUCCCGGCCCCUCCGCGACGACCACCCCACCUCGGGCCAUGUUUCCACAGCCUCUCAUCCCAAUGGUGGCCAGAGGGAAAGAGAGGGGAGCCCCUUCCGUGCAGCGGCGGUGGCCCUCGGCACCCGCCAGGACCCGCUCCCGUGGCUCCAGUGGCACCAUCCUGUUGCCUUCCAUGCUGAUGUUUGGCGUGAUCGUGGCCUCCAGCGGCCUGCUGCUCAUGAUCGAGAAGGGGAUUUUGGCUGAAGUGAAGUCCCCACCGCUUCAUCCCUCGCACGGAGAGCCGUCCUGGAGGAGCGCCGGCGACGCCAGAGCGGCGCCCGCCUCGGAGGACGUGAGUUACCAGGUGCUGCAGGAUAUCCGUAAUAGGACCAUCCGCACCAUGUGUGGGCAAAGAAACAUGCCUCGCGGCCUUGGGGACCUCUCCGCAGGCCAGAGAAGGACGGUGCUCAAGCACAUCCUGGUUAGCGACAAACAUCGGUUCUUGUACUGCUACGUCCCCAAAGUUGCCUGCUCCAACUGGAAACGGAUCCUUAAAGUUCUAGAUGGUGCGCUGGAGAAUGUGAAUGUGAACCUUAAAAUGGAUCAUAAAAGGGAUUUGGUCUUCCUAAGUGACAUGAAGCCCGAUGAGAUCCAUUACCGACUAAAGCACUAUUUCAAGUUCUUAUUUGUGCGAGAUCCAAUGGAGAGGCUUUUAUCAGCCUAUAGGAACAAAUUUGGAGAGAUCAAAGAAUACCAACUAAAGUAUGGUGUGGAGAUCGUCAAAAGGUAUAGGAAAAACCCUGGGAAAAGCACAGGAGAUGAUGUCACCUUCUCUGAAUUUCUCCGGUACCUUUUAGAUGAAGAGGUGGAGAGAAUGAACGAACACUGGAUGCCCAUCUACAACUUGUGCCAGCCCUGUGUGAUGAGGUACGAUUUCAUUGGUUCCUAUGAAAGACUGAAUGAAGAUGCCAGUUAUAUUCUCGAACGGGUCCAAGCCCCCUCUUUCGUACGGUUCCCAGAAAGACAAUCAUGGUAUAAGCCGGUGACUCCUGAAAGUUUGCAUUAUUAUCUCUGUAACUCUCCAAAGGGACUUUUAAAAGAGCUGUUGCCAAAAUACAUUUUGGAUUUCUCUUUGUUUGCUUAUCCACUUCCAAAUGUUACCAGUGAAUUUUGCCGACAGUGAACAUUUUCCAUGGUGAUGCAAUUUGUGUCCUAUGCAAUUUCCAAAUUUUGCACUUUUAAUCAACAUGAGACAUCAAAUGCCUUGUUUAUAGGUUGCCUUUACAUAAAAACUAGCUUUAGCCUUUUAAUAUGUACUAGCUGAACCCGCACAGAGCAUCUGUGCGCUCUUUGGGGCUUGCGGGUCCCCCCUCCCUCCCUCCCCCCUUCUCUCUUGCCGCCUCCUCCUGCCCCAGUCUCUCCUGCCCUCCUUCUCGCCUUCUGCUCCAGUCUUCUCAGCUUGUUGGCCUCCAUUUCCGCCGCCGCCACCUCCCGCCGCCACCAGCCGUUGCCUGGCUGCUCUCUUUCGUCCCCACUGGCCCAGUCCGUUCCUUGUCGUUCCAGAGAUUCUCGUCUUCCUCCCACCACCAGCAGCUUUCCCUCUCUGCUCCCCGGCAGUGCUUUCUCUCCCCGCCAGGCUCACUCCCUCCCCGCCAUUUUGGCCCGCCCAUCCGCCUCCUCUGCCACCCAAAGUCUGAGAGCCCGUCAGAGCAAGCCUCUGCUGCCCAGCCAAUCCGGCUGCCGAAGCUCUCCCAACCAAUGGCUGGCACCAGAAUCUGCGGCAUUCCCACGCAUCUCUACGCUUGGCUUAGAGAAAUAAAUAUAUAAAUAGAUGCAGCACUAAGUUCAACUCAAUCUUUUUAUCCAGUCUGUGUUUUUGUAUGUUUUGAGAACAAAGCAUUUUUGGAAAGCAGUUACAUUUUGUAGAGCAGUUACGUUUACAUUACAUUAGCUGGGCAUUUACAUUUGGGGGCGGGGGAAUGAAGUUGUAAUCAUGGAAGACCUGUGAUUAGGGUUACAGUUCUCGAAAGACACUUGCUGGAGAGAAAGCCCAGUUUAACAAAAUUGGUCGUAUUCUGUAGGGAUGUCCCAAGCUUGGAAUGGGCUGUUCCAAGCUCAGAACAGAACGCCUUUAAAAAAGUUUCCUGUUCCAAGCACGGAAUGGAAUGACCCCUUUCUGGCUGGAGCAUUCUGGCUGCCAUUUUGGAUUUUAAAAUGGCCACCAUGCAUGUGCAGGGGCCACUUUGGAAUCCAAAAUGGCAGCCAGGAAGUUCUUUCCAGAAAGGGGUAGUACCAUUGGAGCGACCAGCUUCCUGGUUGCUCCGACAGAACAUCCCGAGCAUUUUGUGUUCUGUGCUGCACAUUCCUAGCAUUCAGUGCCAUCCUCAGUGUGAGUGGAGGUGGUUGUGUCAGAGAGUGGCUGCUCCAGUGGGGGUGGAGGAUCUGCACUCUCAGUGGCAGCAGCACUGAUAUUUCCCACCACUGCUGGCCUGGAGUGUGGCUUCUACCUGUCACAGCAGCUGUGACAUGGUGCACUCUGAUGGCAGCCUGGAGCACAGAUCCCAUGUGUCUCAGCAGCUGCCCUCCACCUUGGCUGGGCAUCAUAAUAAGCUCUUCAUCAUGAGCAAACCAGAACGCCUCGCAGGGUGGCUGCUGCAGUAGUAGCACAGAUCUUGCCCAUGGCUCCUGACCCAGCACAUGGCUCCUACCUGGAGCAGUGGUUGCCCUCCAGCUCAGCUGGGCCCCACAAUGCGCUGUGCUUGGCAAACCAGGCCGCGCCCCACAGGGCCAGCUGGGUCAAAGGGUGGCUGGUGAAGCAGGCUGAAACUGCGCUCCAGGUGGUGGUGGUGGUGGGGUGGUGAGGCAGGAGAUUCAUGCAGCUGGGGCCCCACAUCUCAGUGCCGCCAUCUUCUCUCAUUGGGGUUCUGCACUCCGCUCCUCCACCUCCUGUGGAUGGUCUCAUUUCUGUGUAAACAUAAAUUGGAUUGUACUGCACAUCUGCAUGUAGAUGGUGUGUGUCUGCAACUAGCAUGUAGGUCUUGUCACAUGAGGGCAGCAAUCUUAGACAGUGUUAUGUUUUAGUUCAGUAUUGUAGUACAGUGAGAGCCAUAUAUAUAUAUAUAUAUAUAUAUAUAUAUAUAUAUAUAUAUACACACACACACACACACACACACACACACACACACACACACAUAUACAUACACAUACACACACACACACACUAAGAAGUUGCUUGUGUUAUUAGCCAGCGUGGUGUGGUGGUUAGAGUGCUGGACUAGGACCGGGGAGACUCGAGUUCAAAUCCCCAUUCAGCCAUGAAAACUAGCUGGGUGACUCUGGGCCAGUAAUGUCUCUCUCAGCCUAACCUACUUCACAGGGUUGUCGUGAAAGAGAAACUCAAGUAUGUAGUACACCGCUCUGGGCUCCUUGGAGGAAGAGCGGGAUAUAAAUGUAAUAAUAAUAAUUUAAAAAAUGUAACCCUUACUCUAAACAUUUGUGCUCUCCUAGCCACCUAUAGGUAAUGAUGCAGACAUAGUAUGUGGCCUACGAUGCUGGAGCAUUACAAAUGUUGGCAUGCUGUUAUUUUGAGCACUUACCUGCUGGUUCAGGUAACCCGCUCUGCCGCUCGCUUCCUCUCACCUUGCGCUUUCCUUCCCCGCCGGGCACUGUGCAGCUCUUCUGCCCACCCAGCCAGGCUCCUCUCGGUGGCGCAGCUCUGCUGCCCGCCUGCUCUCACCUUUCCUUCUCUGCCCGCCAGCCCAGCAGUGGUUUCCUUCCCCGCCGGGUGCAGCACGGCUCUGCCGCUCCCCACCGCCGCCCCCUUGCCACCUGCCCGGCAACCUUCUGGGCCAGUUGGCUCUCCCUGGGGUCUCCCUCCACCUCUCGCUUGCUUAUCCCCCUGCCUCCGGGGCCACCCCCUCCCCACCUGCCCCACAACCUUCUGGGCCAGUUUGCGUCUCCCGCUGCCUCUCCGGGAGAGUUCCUUGCAAGAGUUCCGAGGCUCUCGCGAGAUUCCCACGACGCAUCCCCCUUCAUCCACACAUGGACCGUCUUAGUGAAAUAAAUAGAAGAUAGAUAGAAGAUAUUACUUUGAGGCAAAAGUGAUAAAAGGAGCAGGGUGUGUAUAAUGUGCUGUCCAGAUAAUUAGGAAUUCCAUAAAUUAUUUGUUCAGAUAUGGGGUUUGUAUUCUCCUUGGUUCAGUAGUUUUGCUAGGGUGUUCCAAGAUUUUAUUUGUUUUCUCCAUGGAUCUCUAUGUAUUUUGCUUUUAGUAUUAAAAUUAAAUAUCUUUGCAAUCUUACCUUUAACAUCAAAAAUUACCUAUGAGGUAUUUGUUACAGUGUUGUUAGAAUACUAGAAAAUCUCAUCUCUCCAGGGCAUUUGCUGAAGAAAACCUAAGGUUUGACUGUUAAUAUAUGUAUAGCAUUCUCAUCUCAGAACUUUGUAUUUAUGAUUUGUAUUUCAACUUGGGAAGACAUGGGUGAGAAUGGACAGAAUUGUUCACGAAUGUUUUAUACAGUAUCUGCAUUUUAAUAAAGUUUCUAUGUAAAACUUUUUUUGAUAUUGUGCUUUACCUUUUAUUGUAUGGGUUUGUAGCUGUGAGAGGGGCAAGGGGGGAAUCUGUAAUGGCUUGAGAGCGGACCCCCUUUUUGUUGUUGGAAGUUAAAAGACUUUGCGCUGUCUCUUUGUCUCAGACAGUGGAGGACAGACUAGUAAGUCAGAGGGCUAGAGGGUCGAGACAUUUGUCAUCACUUCUCCACUGCUCUGAUGCUAUCCCUUUGAAAUGUAGAUUGCUACUCUUAGGGGAU